GCUCGAAUAGACCUACAUGUCAAAGAAAAAGAAGCCAUUGAAGAACGCGCAGAUGGGUAUUUGAGGGACAUAAGUUCGCGUGAUCGUGAUGUCAUUCUUGCUAACAAGGCACGUGACAGAGCUGAACGGAAGCUCAAUGAUACUCUCUAUGUUGCAAACAACGCAAAAUGUGCUCACUGUCAAAUUAGCGAUAAAAUGCGAAAACAUUUGACUGAUGUAGUGGCUGAGAAGACUGUUUUGCUCGAGAAGUGUCAAAAGGAGUGCCUCGAUGCUAAAAAACGUGCAGAGCAGUCCGAUCGUAUCUCUCACAUACUAUCAAAAGAUAGUGAGAAGUUGAAAUUUGAACUGAAUAGAUGGAAAUCAGAUGCUGAACGAAACAUCACCGAAAUAUCACGAUUGAAAGAGAAGCGUAACACCUCACCGGAUGAGCCAAAGAAGCAAUCGCCUUCUGAUGAUGGACCUAUCCUAAAACCCCCACCUCCUCCUCCACAGAUGCCAACGCCUCCUGAAGAGACUGAUGCAAUGUUUAAUGCAUGGCUACCAAAGGGAUCCCUUCAGUGGUCCCAGAAGAGGUCGUUCCGUGAGCAGAAAUGGUAUGAUGCAUUCGCCUGGAGAAGAUAUGUGGGGAAACGUGAGCCUCUCCAGGUUAUCCGUUCGCGAACACCCACAGAUUUCGCGAGACAUCAUAGCCCUGGACAAGAUCAGCCAUGUCCGCGCGAUACUGUUCCAAUGAUAGGAAAAUUACCGUCUAGAAUUACUAAAGCGAAAGCUGAAAAGGCUGAAGCCGCUGCAGUCUCAAAUGGCGAGAAAAACGCAACAGCCUCAAACAGUGAGGAAAAUGCAACAAUCUCAGAUCGCGAGAAAGACACGAUCUCAGAUGGAGAGAAAAACGAAAAAACAUCUGCUUCAGUUCCGCCUGUUGUUGCAGCGCAAAGUAGGAUAGCUGAGCCAAAGGAGAUGCUCAAGAAAGGUAAAGCAAAGAACAAAAACAAAAAGAAGAAAAAAAUGGUACCUCCGUUUGGAUUUCCUAUGAAAACUAUGCAGCCAGGGCCUGCCUUCAAAGCAGGGCCUUUCAAUGGCCCUAAAGCAGGGCCUUUCAAUGGCCCAGCACCUCACCUCAAAUCUGGACCUUCCGUCAUUCAGGAAGCAGCGCCCCAUCCAGCGGAGACGAUACGGACCAGGUUUUCGAGCUCACCGCUUCCUUGGCAUCGGGCAGAAGCCGCCGCUGCUCCCGUUGAAUAUAAUGCUUGGGAACGUGGUUAG